CGCACGCCGCCCCGUCUGGCUGGAGUCGCGGCCAAGAGGGAGGGAGAUAAGGGGAAGAGGAAAGAGAGGAGUUGGUCUGUUAGUGUGUGUAUUGUUUCGUGUCUCCAGUGUGCGUCUCGCCCCACCACUCGGCUCUCCCAUCGGUGGGCGGCACACGUCAUCACCUGGAGGAGGAGGAGGAGGAACUAGCCCUGUGUGACUCGCUCGUGACCUGUGACCCCAGUAUAGUGAAAGACAAAUCAUUACACUGACAAUAAGAACUAACCCUUUACAAGCAAACCGUAUUGCUGUAACUGAUACUUGAGUGACUGGUAAAAGAUUUCUGCCACAUUGCACUUCUAAGCAUCGUCAGUAGUUGCGUGAGGUAGUGGUGGUGGUGUGUGCACUGUGGAGGAAGGAAGGAGUGUCAUAGCUAGAAGGAGUGUCUGUCUCUAACCUUUGCCGCCCAGACUCGACUCCCACCCCAGAGCAGCAUUAUGAACAAACCCAAGGCCAUCGUCAUCUCUGCCGGCAAUGCCAAGACAGAAGAUCGAUCAUGUCUGGGAACGUGCAGGUCCAUCUGGCGGGCGCUGCUGCUGGGUCAGGUGGCGUCCCUCCUGCUGUGUGUGACGGGCGCCUGCUGCCACCUGCUCAACAACACCUACCACCUCAAGCUCCCGGCAGCUUCAUCAAACUACGUGCUGCUGUGCCUGGUGUACACGACGUGGCUGGCUUGUCGCUCCGGCGAGGGCUCUUUGCUGCGGGUUGUGCGGACCAAGGGAUUCAAGUACUUCGUGCUGGCCGCCGUGGACGUGGAGGCCAACUACCUGGUGCUGCGAGCCUACCAGUUCACCUCCGUCACCUCCGUCCAGCUGCUGGACUGCUUCGUGGUUCCCGUGGUGCUGGCGCUAAGCUGGCUGUUCCUCAAGGUUCGCUAUAAGCUGGUUCACGUGCUGGGCGUGGGCUUGUGUCUGCUAGGGGUGGGCUGCCUGGUGUGGGCCAACGUGGACGAAGGCAAAGCGGCCAUCCCAGGUGCUGAGCGGCUGCUGGGUGACAUGCUGUGUCUGGGUGGCGCCACCCUGUACGGCAUCAGCAACGUGGCGCAGGAGUACGUGGUGAAGACCUACGACAGUGUGGAGUUCCUGGGCAUGAUGGGGCUCUUCGGCUCCCUCAUCAACGGCAUACAACUAGCCAUCCUGGAGCGCAACGACGUGGGCUCGGUGCGGUGGGACACGUGGCCGGUGCUGGCACUGGUGGGCGGCUUCAGCGCGGCGCAGUUCCUGUUCUACGUGGUGGCACCAGCCGUCAUGCGGGUGACCUCGGCCACGGCGCUCAACCUGGCGCUCUUCACGGCCGACUUCUACAUCCUCAUCACUGGCAUCGCGCUCUUCAAGUUCAAGUUCCACCCUCUGUACUUCCUGUCGUACAUCCUGGUGGUGACAGGCGUGAUUGUGUUCGUCGUCAAGCCCACGCCCAUCGCCUCUACUAACCGCGGCUACUACAGGGAAAUCUCAGUGGGCCGGUCGAGCAGCGGCAACGAGGUGGAGCUGACCACCACCCCGGGCACUGCCACCAGCAGCAUGGGCGGCGGCGGCUCCUUCACAGAGUGGCCGCCGUUGCCGCCAGAGGUGCGGGGUUGCCCUGACUACCCCUAUCCUCACUCCCACUCCACGGAAUUCAGGCAAGGCUCCAAGACGCCGGCGCCACCCUCCGACUAUCCUAGCACCCCGCCCUCGCCGCCCCAGCAGUUCAGGUCACUGCCCCGCCCCGCUCGCCGGGAGCAGUACCCUGCUGGGCAGGCUGGGGGCGGGCAAAGGGCGGCCACUCUCCACCGCCCUGCGCGGGUACGUUUCCAGCUUGACUCUAUCGAGCCAACGGUGCCUCAUCCUCUACCCACGAGCUGGGAGAUGUGAGGUGCUGAAGGGCUCGUGCUGGGGCCCACCGGGUGGUGCUGAGGACACUAUGCCCGCCGCCUGACCCUCGCCGGAUGCAGAAGGCCGAGGCGACGAUGCUGCAGACCUGGGCGGCCACCCGACACUGAUGUGCAGCUGCCCAAGUGUAUAUUGUCUUAGUCUUCCCCCCUACUGUCUCCAAGGUGCAGCUGAGGGUUCUUCCAGCAGUAUUACUACCCUUGUAGACACCGGCCGCUUUUACCAAUAGUGUUCACGUCAUCUAGACGCCGCACCACCCACUCAAGUUAUUAGUUACACCAGACCUUAACAUUUAAGUACGUCUGGCCUGCGAGGUUGCCGUUUUCUUUUUCAUACUGCUAUAAAUGACAUUUGAUGGGAUGCUAAAGUAAAUUUUGGACGCAUGUUGUGUAUUGCGGUGGCUGUCAGUUCCCUCAGGUCAGAUGUAAAACAGACCUUGCCCUGCCAUCGUCUCGCCAUCUACAUGCCACCAUAUUGCUCAAGAUUGGUCACAGGUUAAAAACUAAAGGAAGGCAAUGAGUAAAAUAAUACAGAAACUGUUCAAAAGCACGACGGCCUGAACCUGAACCUUUGUACUAGACGUGGGAUUUGUGAGGUGAUGGUGGUUUAGUACAAGGCAAUGGAAAAAAAAAAGUGCUAUAAUCCUAAACACACAAGUAGUUUCUGGAAGUUCGUGUUACGAGUGUGUGAUGUGAUGCCGGAGGAGGGCACAUCGUGAUGGCUUGCUUCUCUUCCCUGUUUCCUUUAGUGACAGCUCAAGGUAAUCACAGCUCGUGCUGAAUAGACGUGGGUGCGUCACGAGCACUGCAACAGCCACGUUUGCUUGUCUAGUCAUUGGCUUUUUUUUUUUUUUCUAUCUCUCCCUCAAACUCUUUCACAGUAAGUUAUUAGUAAUCUUCAAGCAUAUUUAUAAGCAUUAGCACAAAUUGUCUUGCAUUUUAAAGACAAUUAGUUGCAAGUACCACGUAUUAUUAUCAUUAGUACUACUAUUAUUAUUGUUACUAUCAUUAUUAUUUUUAACUGUUGAAACAAAAACUCUACAGGAGAUACAUUUUAUGCCUCUAUUUUACAUUUAUUUUCCGUGCUCCGGACGAAACAAAACAACAGGCGAUGAUUUGACGUGUGUGUGUGUGUGUGUAUAUGUGUGUGUGUGUGUGUGUGUGUGUGUGUGUGUGUGUGUGUGUGUGUGUGUGUGUGUGUGUGUUACCGUUUUCGUUGGCAUGUAUAUCUAAUGACUGGUUGCUCUCCAGUCUCUAGAAAACGUGACGUCGUUGUGAUGUCAGGCAAUACUUACCGAUGACGAUUAUGAACACUACCUCAACGAAUAUGACUGUGUGUGUGUGUGUGUGUGUGUGUGUGUGUGUGUGUGUGUGUGUGUGUGUGUGUGUGUGUGUGUGUGUGUGUGUUGCUGGGGCAUGCAUAAAAAAUAUAAUCACUAUAUCUUCACUAAAUACGGAACGACAAAUUUGCACAUAAUUGCAUCUUACUCUCAGCUUUAUUCAAAUCGACACCCUAACGCUGAAUAAUUGUAAACAAAGCAGUAUUGUUAUGUAUUAUCAUUAUUCUCUAUCCCUUUCUCCAGUACAGUUAACAAUCUGUCUGAUUCACACCCACUCCUCUCAGCAUAAUGACACGUUGUUAAGGCCUCGCACGGUUAACGAAGAAUCAACCACAUUUUCCUACCAGGAGGAACGUUCAUACGUGCUGUCAUAAGCCACGCGCUGUAACUGAGUGUGUGUGUGUGUGUGUGUGUGUGUGUGUGUGUGUGUGUGUGUGUGUGUGUGUGUGUGUGUGUGUGUGUGUGUGUGUGUGUGUGUGUGAACUUUGUGUAUAAGAAGUGACGGGCAACGCCAAGCAAAGGAGACAAAAAAAAAAAAUGAAGAAAAACUGUACAUAUGCAAUAUAAUUCAUAGCGUAAAACGAGAGAAAAAAAUAUCUUCAAGUUUUAAGCAUUCCGAAGAAAAUUGUUAUCGUGUAUUGUUGCUCCCUUUCUAGUGUAUAUAUCACGGUGAUCACGACACAGAAGACCCGCGGGGCGUCACAGGCUUUUUGGGUUGUGGGUGGUCGCCGUCGUGACAUCAUUAGUUGUAGCUGUGCAAUAGACACUCUUGCGCGGGCUCCGCCCAGCACCACCUCUUGGGGCCACCUGAGGUUCCAGUUUUCUCUUCUAGAGUAUUCCUGUUAAAUGUAGGUCUUUGUGAAUGUGUGUGUGUGUGUGUGUGUGUGUGUGUGUGUGUGUGUGUGUGUGUGUGUGUGUGUGUUAGAGAGAGAGAGAGAGAGAGAGAGAGAGAGAGAGAGAGAGAGAGAGAGAGAGAGAGAGAGAGAGAGAGAGAGAGAGAGAGAGAGAGAGAGAGAGAGAGAGAGAGAGAGUGUGUGUGUGUGUGUGUGUGUGUGUGUACAAAAUUCCUGUAGGUCCCAAGGGUGAUGAUGUGGAUGCGUGUUCGCACAUAAGGUGAAUCACCGCGCGGCAGUCCUUGCUGCUAGUGUUGGCACAAACAGUUUCUUCUCGCACCAGACGAAGAGACACAACCGUGUAUAUGACAGCGAUGCAGCCCUUGGUGUUCUGGUGUUGACACGUGCACCGACACUGAACCAUUUUUGACCGGCGUGUGCCACUGUGCCACCGUGCCGUAUUAUACAGUGUUCUACAUAAUUAUACAUAAUUGUAGUGUAAUAGUUUUUAAAACGAAUCUCACGUGCGACAACUCGCCUACGGUUAAAAGUGAACUUUACUAGCGGGGUGAUGAAGAGUGCUGUGCCAUAACGUGGCUCAGCCCGAGAGUACAGUUCUGUUAGGUGAGUCCCUGCCCUGUGCUAGUAAAGCUUGCAGUUUUAUCUGGCACAUUGUGCAGCAAAGUGGUGCACCUCUGAGUAUUGUGGUGCACUGUGAGUGUGUGACGCUGCCUGGUAUGCUCCUCAGAAUGUCGUGAUGGCGUGUCUGUCACCCUGACGUCUGGUGGCAUUGCGCCGUCUUAUGCACAACUGAAAAGCCCUGCCUAGAGGCACUGGUGCAGGGCGAGGCAUAGGUACCGUGACAUGGUCCGGUAUUCUGACGCGCCGUAAGUCAGUGUCAUCUAGGCAUGACGAAGG